GGCACUACUGGAUUUAUUCUUGAAGUCUGAUCAGUGAGAAAGAAUCGGAGAAAACUGUAAAUAAAAUAUUAUCAAACAAGUGAAAGACCGAUCAGCGUCUACACAAAUUAAUUUGUCUGGAAGUGAUGAGUUUUGAUUUUGAGAUGACAUUUUUUUUGCUUCAGUGAGCAUUUGUUGUUUGAACAUUUUGGCACAAAUUGAAUUCCAUAGCCGUCGUCGCUGCUGCUGUUUACCUCAGCCACUGCAGAAAAACAGACGGUGUUUACGGUGAAAAUGCUCCGAAAAUCUCUGCUCGACGUCGGACUGCGAGCGAGCCGUCAGCAGCGCGAAGGCAUUCCCAGAGUGACCGCGGGACUGAGUCCAGGGGCUCAUGGGGACAACCACCGCCGCGACGUGUCCUCCACCACCGCCACCGUGAUGGGGGACAACGCCAAAAUAAAAACUAUGGACGAAUUAGGCGGACCAAGUUUCAUGACUACCUUAAACUGGCUUUUUGUAAAAGGAUAUUUCCAAACGACGCAACAAUUACAAAUUGAGCACAGAAAGAUCUAUGGUCCUCUGUGGAAGUCAAAGUACGGCCCACUGGUGGUGGUGAACGUGGCCAGUGCUGAGCUGAUAGAACAGGUGCUGAGGCAGGAGGGGAGACUCCCGGUCCGGUCAGACAUGCCUCACUGGAGGAGCUACAGAGAACUCAGGAACCAGGCCCACGGACCCCUGACAGAAAUGGGAGCCAACUGGCAGCGCAUCCGCAGCAUCCUGAAUCCUCGGAUGUUGAAGCCCAAACAUGUCUCCUCCUAUGCUAACACUAUCAAUGGGGUCGUGACAGAUUUCAUUGACAGAUUGGCCUGGCUGAGGGAAACCAGCGGCCAGGGAGUUAUGGUCAAUGACCUGACUGGAGAACUCUACAAAUUUGCUUUUGAAGGGAUCUGUUCAGUGUUAUUUGAGACCCGUAUGGGCUGCAUGAACAAGGUGGUACCCGAGGAAACCCAGAAGUUCAUCUUCUCUGUGGGGGAAAUGUUUCGGCUCUCCCCUAUGAUCGUCCUCUUCCCCAAGGCCGUCUGGCCCUACAUGCCUUUCUGGAAAAAGUUUGUGGCAGUCUGGGAUAAUCUCUUCAGAGUCGCUGAAGAGCUUGUGAAGCAAAAAAUGGAGGACAUCCAGGAGAAGGUGAAUCUGGACCAGAACGUGGAGGGUGCGUACCUCACACACCUGCUGCUCGGUGAUCAGAUGACGGUCACUGAGAUCCUGGGCAGCAUCACCGAACUCCUGCUGGCAGGAGUUGACACAACCUCCAACACUAUCUCAUGGUCUCUGUAUCAAAUGGCUAAGGAGCCAGAGAUCCAGGAACAGUUAUACCAGGAAGUGAUAAGGGUUUGCCCUGGGGACAGGGUGCCAAACAAUGAUGACAUUGCUCAGAUGCCGUUCCUGAAGGCCAUCAUCAGAGAGACUCUACGUCUGUAUCCAGUGGUACCAGGAAAUGCCCGUGUCAGUGUCGAAAACGAGAUUGUGGUCGGAGAUCAUCUCUUCCCCAAAAACACACUGUUCCACCUGUGCCACUAUGCUGUGUCCUAUGAUGAGAACAUUUUCCCCGACCCCCACGCCUUCCUGCCACAGCGCUGGCUUCGAGGAGUGGAGGAGAAGUCCAAGCACCACCCGUUCGGGUCAGUGCCGUUUGGUUUUGGGAUCCGGGCGUGUCUGGGCAGACGGGUGGCUGAGCUGGAGAUGUAUCUCCUCCUAUCCAGGUUGAUAAAACAAUACGAGAUAAGGCCGGAUCCUGCUGGAACCACAGUCAAACCGAUCACCAGAACCCUGCUUUGCCCUUCUAAACCAAUCAACCUGCAGUUUCUGGACAGAAGAGUCGAGCAGGAGCAGCCGAGAACAGCAGCAGGAGUUUCUCUGUGAGCUGUUUUAGUAUUCACACUGUGUUGCCUGCCGGUCA